AUGGAAACUGUCGCCACGAUACCGCCCCUUGAAGUUCCACAAGAGCCCCCAGCGAUCGUUGAAUCCAACCGUACCCCUGGAUAUUGGCCAUCCUCAAGUGCAAACAGCGACACACUUAUCCGGGUCGAGAAUGUAUCUGUCAAGUAUGCUCCGGAGCUUCUGGAAGUACUGCAAGACAUAUCGUUUACGCUUAAAGCUGGAGAGCAGGUGGGGUUACUUGGAAGGACGGGGAGUGGAAAGUCGACGUUGGCUUGUGUGUCUGUUCAAACAUUCACACUGUACACUCGCAACUCCCUCAAACACACCGCAGACUUGACAAAACUGAACCUUCGGAGUACCAUCCCUGUGGAUUUGAACAGUAUUCUCUAUCGCAAUCAUCUCCUCCUAGCCGAUCUGCAUGGAUCCUCAGAUACAGCAGCAGCGGAGAGGCAUCGUAUGGCAGCUGCGAGUCUCAAGGAUGGUAUCCUUGACUUGUUCUGGGACUCUAACAAGGCUGCGUUCUGUGACUUCAACCUUAAAACCAAUACAGAAAUGACAUAUAUUUACUACUGCCACGUUCUAUCCUUUCUGGAGGAUGCUCCGAAUGCCUGGCCUCCGCAUAACUACAUAACCCUUCGUGCUCUUCCUUCCAACAUCACAAGUAAUGCACCACCGAACCCAGCAGACGGUCAAUCCAGUUUCAGCCUCAUCCCUUCGGGACAAUUAGAUCUCGAAGGGUCUCAGCUCCCCGGUCAACAAGUGACGACGAGCUCCAACGCGACUACGACUGGCUCGGGGGCGGAUGUCAACAGAUUGAACGGAACGGUGGUCAACACCAUUGGGAAUGCCACGCAAGGUGAAGGUUGA